AUGCCAAAACCCUCCGCAGCAAUCCCAAAGAGGCAAAAUGGCGCCGCAUUGGGGCUCUCAGGUUCUGCAAGGGGCAAUGAUUUAAUGUUGCAGCCAUGGGAGAGCUGUCCCAACCGCCUGUCGCUACCAGGCACUCAGCUCUCCACAGUUGACACCCUCACUAUUCCUGUUCCUGAGUACGUAGUGCCUGGCUGUCAAGCUGUCAGCGCGCGUUGGAAGGAGUUGGGGCUGUGCGACAGUCUCAGGACAACGUACGGGGAAGAAUCAACCAAUUUCCAGAGGCAUUCAAAAGGGGCAUCAAAGGGGCACUGCCGAACUCCAACAGAUUAUUCGGAACGUGCUCCGUGUACCCGUGCUGGCCAUCCAGAUAGAGUUAUCAUAACCCAGAGAUACAGACCAACAGUUAAUCUGGCCUCCCCAAAGCCGGUGACUUAUUAG